ACUCUGACACAGGAUGUUUGCUCUUCCAAAUCCUGAUCAGUGUUCAUUCAGAUGUCUGUUCCUUUAACUUUCUCUGAGGUUGACAAUAAUCAGUUGCACAAAACUGCCCGUGAACAAACUGGUUGCGAAACCUUCUGUUUGGGGCGACACCUCUUUAUCUUCAGCUGCGCUUCCUUUCAGCCUCACUUCGUCUGCUGGACAUAAGCUGAGAAGAUGCGGAUCUCUUUGGUUCUGUUGGCUCUGCUCUCCCUCGGCCGCGUCUCCUUCAGUCAGGAAUGUGUUGAGCCGUUACAGGAGAAUGUGGACUUUCCCGGGUCUGACAUCGCGUCUCUCUUCUCCCCCGAUGCGAAGCACUGUCAGCUGCUGUGCACCCAGCAUCCCUCCUGCCUCUUCUUCAGCUUCCUCCGCGCUGACUGGACCGGAGACGACCGUGUUUUCCACUGCCUCCUGAAGUCCGACCCGUCUGGGAGGCCCAGCGCACAGACCCCACAACAAGGCGUCACCUCUGGCUUUUCUCUCAAGCUCUGCAACCCAGACCCAAGACCAUGUCUGUCUGAUGUGUACCAGAACGUGGACUUCUUGGGCGCAGACUACAGCGCCUUGUUCACAGCAGACGCUGAGGAGUGUCAGAGAGCCUGCACCCAGGACCCCGCGUGCCAGUUCUUCACCUUUGCAAACGGGGCCUUCGCGCCAGAGAAUAUCAGGUUCCGGUGUCACCUCAAAUUCAGCUUGACGGCGCCAAGGAUUCCUGAAGUGGAGAGAAAGGCCGGUGUCAUUUCUGGAUUCUCCGAGACGAUACAAAUAACUGAAUUCUUCCAACCAGCCUGCGACGGACAGCUGUUUCCAAGUACUGACAUCCCAGGAAACGAUCUCGAGACCCUCCCUGCAGCGUCGCCUCAGCACUGCCUGGCGCUGUGCUCCGUCCGUCCACGCUGCACCUACUUCUCAUACGUCAGUAAUAGCUUCAGGUGUCACCUGAAGAACAAUCCAGCUGAACUGGUGACCCAAAGCCAAGAGGGAGUAACAUCUGGGAUCCCGGCUCACUUCUGUAACCUGAACAAUGCCUGGCUGAAGCAGGCGCUCGAAGGAGUAGAUUUCCAAGGUUCGGACCUUCGCAAUGAGCCCAUGGACGACGCCGACACGUGUCAGAGGACGUGCACUGCAGAUCCUAACUGUCUGUUCUACACUUUUACCACCGACGCCUUCGACCUGCCAGACUUCAGGCGCCGCUGCUUUCUGAAGCGCUCCAUCACCGCUCCUGCUCCUCCUCAAGUGAACAAAGCCAACAAUGUCGUGUCUGGUUUCUCCCUGAGGAGCUGCCUGUAGACGGGUCCAAAAAACAAGGGACUGCAAAUAAACAAACAUGUCCGUAAUGAUUUUCUGUGGACAGGUUUAUAUUGCGCGCACGCACACUCCUUUGACAUAAUCCAACUGUGAACUAUUGAGUAAAAACCACAAGAGACAAAUCUCUGUAACAUCCUGUUCUUCACUCAGCCUUCAGGAACAGGAAGCUGCAGAAUGUUCUAUGUGUGUGUUAAUUAUUUACAGGGCACAUACUGUACUAAUCCAAUACCACAAUCUGUGAAACAUAUGGGGAUGGAACAAUUUACAUUUACAGUUGGUGAAGUCAGCUGAGAUGUUGCUGUGUUGACUCUAUAAUACAGGUGAAUGUCAUUCAAAAGUGUGGAAGUAUCAGUAAGAUGGGUGUCCGAUCCCACCCAGUUGCAAACAACAGGACAGACUGUAAAACAGCGCAGACACGUGACUGUUUCACAGAUCCUUUCAAGCAAAGUGCUUUUUUAUUAGCUUGUGUUGCUUUCAGAAUAAAUCUUUUCUAAUAAAUAUAAAAGAAUUUAGAAUAAAACUAAAUUCUACAUUUUAGUUUUAGCAGCAGAUGUCACUGAACUGCAUUGUUUUAGCAUUUAUGUGUCACAGAAAUGUUGUAUUUUGGUUAAGAACAUGAAUUAAAGCAUACAAGAUAUGUCCCAUGA